AUGUCCUCCCCUUCUGCGCCUCCCUUCCUCCCCUUCCCCCUUUUACUGGCAGCUCCACCCCCCUCUCCACCACCUCCCCCACCACCUCCCCCCCAACCGUCACCCCAGCCCCCGCCUCCCUCCCCCCCCACCCUCACCCCCAUCACCCUCCCCCCCCUCCAUCUCCCCCACCUUCCCCCCCCCCCUCCCCCUUUCCCUCCCCCAUCCCCCCCUCCUUCUCCGCCUCCCAACCCUCCCCCCUCUCCUCCAUCUCCCCCUCCCCCCCAUUCCCCCCACCUAGACCUCCCCCUUCCUUGCCUCCCUCCCCUCCCCCUCCCCCCCCCUCCCUCCUCCCCGUCCCCCUCCCUCACCUCCCCCUUCCCCUCCCCCACACCCCCCUCCCCGCGCCCUCCCCUCCCCCUUUCCCUCCCCCACGCCCUCCUCCCUGCCCUCCUCCCUCCCCUCCCCCUUCUCCUCCCCCACGCCCUCCUCCCCCUUCCCCCCCUCCUCCUUCUCUCCCUCCACCUCCCUCUCCUCCUCCCCCUCCAUCCCCCCCUCCUUCCCCUCCUCGUCCUCCCCGUCCUCCUUCUCCUCCCCCAUUUCCCCCUUCUCCCCCACCAAGUCCCCCUCCUUCUCCCCCUCCUUCUCCCCCACCCCCACCAUCACCCCCAUCUCCUCCCCCUUCACCUCCUCCACCUUCCCCUCCCCCAUCUCCGCCCCCAUCCUCCCCACCACUUUCCCCUCCCCCAUCUCCGCCCCCAUCCUCCCCACCACCUCCCCCUCCCCAUCACCACCCCCAUCCCCCCCACCGCCUUCCCCUCCCCCAUCACCGCCCCCAUCCCCCCCACCACCUUCCCCUCCCCCUUCCCCCCCAUCCUCCCCACCAAAGCCACCCUCCCCACCUCCUUCCCCUCCUCCACCUUCUCCCCCUCCACCCUCCCCUCCUCCACCUUCUCCCCCUCCACCCUCCCCUCCUCCACCUUCUCUCCCUCCACCCUCCCCUCCUCCCUACCCCCCCCUCCUCACCUCCCCCCCAUCCUCCUCCGUCCCCCCUCCGUCCCCUCCUUCCCCUCCCCCAUCCCCCCCACCUAA